CAGAAGGGCUAUGAGAAGAAGCGGUCCAAGUGAUCGGCGCGUACCUUCCACAACAACCAGGGAUGGACCCUUCAGCGGGUCAGGAGAAGAGAACCCCUGUCACACCAUCCUCAUCCUCCCGGUACCACCGCCGGCGGUCCUCGGGCACCCGGGACGAACGUUACAGAUCCGACGUGCACACGGAGGCGGUGCAGGCAGCCUUGGCCAAACACAAAGAGAGGAAGAUGGCGGUCCCCAUGCCGUCUAAACGCCGCUCGCUGGUGGUCCAGACCUCCAUGGACGCCUACACACCUCCAGACACCUCCUCAGGCUCAGAGGGCGAGGGCCCGGCAGACGGUGAAGAGGAGGAGGGGGAAGGUGAGGAGGGGGGCGGCGGCGGGACCUCCUCCAGCCGUGAGGGGAGCAUCAGCAUGGAGCACUGGAUCAGCCGCGCCAUCCACGGCACCUCCUCCACCACCACCACCACCUCCUCCACGGCCUCCUCGUCCUCCUCCUCCACACGGAGCGGUGGGGGCAGUGCGGCUGCCGCCGGCAGGCUGGCUGAUGUCCUGGCUCAGCACGCCCACAUCUCCACCCGGCAUCACCACCACCACCACCACCACCACCACCACAAGACAGAGAACCACUCUGCCCCUCCAGAUGUCACCGGCUUCACCCCCGACACCAAUGCUGACGGGAUCCAGGUGGAGAGGUCCCCGGGGCCCGGCACCGCAGCCCUAAGACAGACGCCCAAGUACGGCAAUGCAGAACUGAUGGAGACCGGAGAUGGUGUUCCUGUCAGUAGCAGGGUAUCAGCCAAAAUCCAGCAGCUGGUCAACACUUUGAAAAGACCUAAACGGCCUCCGUUAAGAGAGUUCUUUGUUGACGACUUUGAAGAACUUCUUGAAGUCCAGCAGCCGGACCCCAACUUGCCCAAGGCCGAGGGGGCCCAGAUGGUGGCCCUGCAGGGGGAGCAGCUGGGGGUGGUCACCAACUGGCCCCCGUCCCUGGAGGCGGCCCUGCAGCGCUGGGGCACCAUUUCCCCCAAAGCCCCCUGCCUCACCACCAUGGACACCAAUGGAAAACCACUUUAUGUGCUCACCUAUGGUAAACUGUGGUCCAGGAGUGUGAAGGUGGCCUACAACCUCCUCCAUAAAUUGGGAACGAAACAGGAGCCUCUGGUCAGACCCGGAGACCGGGUGGCGCUGGUCUAUCCCAACAAUGACCCGGCCGCCUUCAUGACUGCUUUCUACGGCUGCCUGCUGGCCGAGAUCAUCCCAGUCCCCAUAGAGGUCCCUCUGUCCAGGAAGGAUGCAGGCAGUCAGCAAAUUGGUUUUCUGCUGGGCAGCUGCGGUGUGACGGUCGCACUGACCAGUGAUGCCUGCCAUAAAGGACUGCCCAAGAGCCCCACUGGAGAGAUCCCCCAGUUCAAAGGAUGGCCCAAGGUGCUGUGGUUUGUCACAGAGUCAAAGCAUCUCUCUAAGCCCCCCCGCGACUGGUUCCCACAUAUCAAGGAUGCAAACCAAGACACCGCCUACAUCGAGUAUAAGACGUGUAAGGAUGGGAGUGUCUUGGGGGUAACGGUGAUGAGGAUAGCCAUGCUCACUCACUGCCAGGCCCUCACCCAGUCCUGCGCCUACAUAGAAGCUGAGACCAUAGUGAAUGUAUUAGACUUCAAGAAAGAUGUGGGACUGUGGCAUGGCAUUCUGACGAGUGUGAUGAACAUGAUGCAUGUCAUCAGUAUUCCCUACGCUCUCAUGAAGGUCAACCCUCUCUCCUGGAUCCAGAAAGUCUGUCAGUAUAAAGCCAAGGUGGCGUGUGUGAAGUCACGGGACAUGCAUUGGGCUCUGGUGGCCCACCGCGACCAGAGAGACAUCAACCUCAGCUCCCUGCGCAUGCUGGUGGUGGCCGACGGUUCGAAUCCCUGGUCUAUCUCGUCCUGUGAUGCGUUCUUAAACGUCUUUCAGAGUAAAGGGCUUAAGCCUGAGGUUAUCUGUCCCUGUGCCAGUUCCCCAGAGGCUCUGACUGUGGCUAUCAGGAGGCUGACAGAGGAGAGUGGCACGCCCCCUGGCCGCGGGGUGUUGUCCAUGCAGGGCCUGAGCCACGGGGUGAUCAGGGUGGACUCGGAGGAGAAGCUGUCCGUCCUCACCCUGCAGGACGUGGGCACCGUGAUGCCUGGAGCUGUGAUGUGUGUGGUCAGACCGGACGGCGUCCCUCAGCUGUGUAAAACCGAUGAGAUCGGCGAAGUGUGCAUCUGUUCUGUCGCCACUGGAACUUCCUACUAUGGUCUGACGGGCAUGACCAAGAACACCUUCGAGGUCUUCCCCAUGUCCAACGGUGGAGCGCCCAUCAGCGAGUUCCCCUUCACGAGGACCGGCCUGCUGGGCUUCAUCGGCCCCGGCGGGCUGGCCUUCGUAGCAGGGAAGAUGGACGGCCUGAUGGUGGUGGGCGGACGCAGGCACAACGCAGACGACAUCGUAGCCACCGCCCUGGCUGUGGAGCCCAUGAAGUUUGUCUACAGGGGCAGGAUAGCGGUGUUCUCCAUCACGGUGCUCCAUGAUGAGAGGAUUGUUGUGGUAGCGGAACAGAGGCCAGACUCCACCGAGGAGGACAGCUUCCAGUGGAUGAGCCGUGUGCUGCAGGCCAUUGACGGAAUCCACCAGGUAGGGGUGUAUUGCCUGGCUCUGGUGCCCUCCAACACCCUCCCCAAGACCCCGCUGGGUGGAAUCCACCUGUCAGAGACGAAGCAGCUCUUCCUGGAGGGAGCGCUCCACCCCUGUAACGUCCUCAUGUGUCCCCACACCUGUGUCACCAACCUGCCCAAGCCCCGCCAGAAACAGCCAGAGAUCGGGCCGGCCUCCGUCAUGGUGGGGAACCUGGUGUCGGGGAAGAGGAUCGCCCAGGCCAGCGGCAGGGACCUGGGACAGAUCGAAGACAAUGACCAGGCAAGGAAGUUCCUCUUCCUGUCGGAGGUGUUACAGUGGAGAGCUCAGACCAGCCCGGACCAUGUGCUCUACACACUGCUCAACUCUCGGGGUGCCAUCGCCAGCUCUCUGACGUGCGUUCAGCUUCAUAAGCGGGCAGAGAAGAUCGCCGCCAUGCUGGCGGAACGAGGACACCUGCAGGACGGAGACCAUGUUGCACUGGUCUACCCGCCGGGUAUCGACCUGAUUGCGGCGUUCUAUGGCUGUCUGUACGCCGGCUGUGUGCCCAUCACAGUGCGACCGCCCCACCCCCAAAACAUCGCCACCACGCUGCCCACCGUCAAAAUGAUCGUGGAGGUGAGCCGGUCCGCCUGUGUGAUGACCACCCAACUCAUCUGUAAGCUGCUCAGAUCCAAAGAAGCUUCAGCCGCCGUGGAUAUUCGGUCCUGGCCCCCUGUCCUGGACACAGAUGACUUGCCAAAGAAGAAGCCUCCUGUGCUGCAUAAACCGUCCAACCCCGACAACCUGGCGUAUCUGGACUUCAGUGUGUCUACUACCGGCAUGCUCGCUGGAGUCAAGAUGUCUCACACAUCCACCAGUGCCUUCUGCCGUUCAAUCAAACUGCAGUGUGAACUUUACCCGUCCAGAGAGGUCGCCAUCUGCCUCGACCCCUACUGUGGCCUGGGCUUUGUCCUCUGGUGCCUUUGCAGCGUGUACUCAGGUCACCAGUCCAUCCUGAUCCCCCCCUCAGAACUGGAGGUAAACCCCGCCCUCUGGCUGCUGUCCGUCAGUCAGUACAAGGUCCGCGACACCUUCUGCUCCUACAGCGUCAUGGAGCUCUGCACCAAAGGCCUGGGGCUGCAGACUGACUCCUUGAAGUCGCGGGGUUUGGACCUGUCCCGGGUCAGGACGUGUGUGGUUGUGGCGGAGGAGCGUCCCCGGAUUGCGCUGACUCAGUCCUUCUCCAAACUGUUUAAGGACCUGGGCCUCCACCCGCGAGCCGUCAGCACCUCCUUUGGCUGCAGAGUCAACCUGGCCAUCUGCCUGCAGGGCACCUCGGGACCCGACCCUACCACUGUGUUUGUUGAUAUGAGGGCGCUUCGGCACGACAGGGUCAGACUGGUGGAGCGAGGUUCACCACACAGUCUUCCGCUGAUGGAGUCUGGAAAGAUUCUGCCUGGGGUCCGAAUCAUCAUCGCCAACCCGGAGACCAAGGGCCCGAUGGGGGAGUCGCAUUUAGGAGAGAUCUGGGUCCACAGCGGUCACAACGCCAGCGGUUACUUCACCGUCUACGGUGACGAAGGUCUGCAGUCAGACCACUUCAGCUCCCGCCUCAGCUUUGGCGACACGCAGACGGUGUGGGCUCGGACCGGGUACCUGGGCUUCCUCCGCAGAACCGAGCUCACCGAUGCCAGUGGUGAGCGACACGACGCCCUGUAUGUGGUUGGUGCUCUGGAUGAAGCCAUGGAGCUGCGGGGGAUGAGGUAUCACCCCAUCGACAUCGAGACGUCAGUCAUCAGGACACACAAGAGCAUCACAGAAUGCGCCGUCUUCACCUGGACUAACCUGCUGGUGGUGGUGGUGGAGCUGGACGGUUCGGAGCAGGAGGCAUUGGAUCUGGUUCCUCUGGUCACCAACGUGGUUCUGGAGGAGCACUACCUCAUCGUGGGGGUGGUGGUGGUGGUGGACGUCAGCGUCAUCCCCAUCAACUCCCGCGGCGAGAAGCAGCGCAUGCACCUCCGCGACGGCUUUCUGGCCGACCAGCUGGACCCCAUCUACGUGGCCUACAACAUGUAGCGCCUCCUACCGGGGGGGGGGGGGGAUAUCAG